GAAGGAAAGAAGAGAGAGACAGAGAGAGUCAGAGAGAGAUAGAGAGAGGGAAUGGCGGGUCUCACAAUCUUAUCGCCAUCGUCACCGCCCAGACUGUUUUAUAAUGUCAGUACGAGUUCCUAUAAAUACCAUAACUUCUCCGAUUAUAAAUUCAAAUUGCAUUGCUUGCUUCAUUCUCGUGAUUUCGAUUCUCUUCUCCCUUGUUGUUUCUCUAGACAAUCCCAAUCAACCAAACCUUCUUCUUCUUCUUCAAAGCUCUUCAUAAUGCCUACCCACCUCUUAAAAUCAGGCAGUGGACAUUCUGGGAUGCAAGACAAUUCCAUGCUGCAUCACAAUGCCAAUGAAAGCACAGGUCGCAGAUGUAGCCCAUUGUAUUCUACAUUUCCCACAGCACCAGCCCAAGUGUCAUCUGUGCAGGACCUUUUUGAAUUUAUAUGCUCCGGCCCUCUCUUAAGCAAGUUAGGUCUGACACCGGAAAUAAUAGCCGAGUCCAUUGACAAGUGGAUAUCGUAUGGAACUCUAUUGUGUCGAGUAUUUAAAGUCAAUGAGUUGUACCUUACGGUUCCCCAGAAGGCUAGGUUCUAUCACUACUAUAUCCCAGUUUUCUUCUGGUGUGAGGAUAAGAUAUCUAAGCACAGGUCCCAGUAUAAAGAUGGAGAAGAGAUACCCCCUUUAGUGAUUGGGUUUAGUGCUCCUCAAGGCUGUGGAAAAACCACACUUGUCUUUGCCCUCGAUUAUCUUUUCAGAGUCAGUGGCAGCAAGUCUGCAACAAUUUCCAUUGAUGACUUCUAUUUGACGGCAGAGCAUCAGGCUAAACUUAGGGAACAACAUCCAGACAAUGCCCUUCUUGAGUAUCGCGGAAAUGCUGGAACGCAUGAUCUUCCAUUCUCCAUUGAAACACUCACAAGUUUAACUAAAUUGAAUAAAGAGGGUACGAAGAUGAAACUACCUCGAUAUGAUAAAUCUGCAUAUGGUGGAAGGGGUGACAGAACAGAUCCUUCAGAGUGGCCAGAGAUUGAAGGCCCUCUAACAGUCGUUCUGUUUGAAGGUUGGAUGCUUGGUUUUAAGCCACUUCCAACAGAAGUUGUCAAAGCCGUUGAUCCACAGCUGGAGAUGGUAAAUAAAUAUCUUGAAGCUUAUCAUGAUGCAUGGGACAAAUUUAUCGGAGCAUGGAUAGUCAUCAAGAUUAACAACCCAAGUUGCGUAUACCAAUGGCGUUUGCAGGCAGAGAUUGCCAUGAGGGAGGCAGGAAAGCCUGGAAUGUCCGACGUGGAGGUGGAAGAUUUUGUUUCCCGUUACUUACCUGCAUACAAAGCAUACCUUCCCACCCUUUACUCUGAAGGACCGAACGGACCAGAACCAGAGCAUCUUCUUGUGAUUGAUAUCGAUGAAGAAAGGAAUCCCAUUUUAGGCAACUAAAGAAUCAAUGCAUACUUAGAUCCAUCACUGCAUUUGAAGCCUCUAUUUUUUAUUUUUUUUUGUUUCUUAUAUAUGUAGCUCGAUUGGAAUUUGGGCAGUAACAUCAUUGUUAAGAAGCAAUAGAAAUGUAAGAUGUAAAUACAGUAAUAUGUAGUUUCUGAGAUUGAAAUGGGAAAAGAAAUAGAAAAAGUAGUAGUUUUUAUUGAACAAAGUCUAUACAAGUUCCUUAUCGAAUUUCAAAAGUGAUGGACACAGAUGAUGUUGGAAGCUUCAACCUUGUAAGAAGAAUGUUAAGCAUGAAUGAAUCCCAUGGCCCUUGCAUUA